AAUACGUAUCACUUCUCAGCAUAUCUGACCAAAUGUGACUAUCCCAGGACAUACCUGUCAAAAUUUGCACUCUAAAAUAAAGAAAUGUUCCAAAAGAAUGAGAAUGAGAUCAAGAAUGAUUUAAUAAUGCUGAUAACUCUCAAUAAUCGUAAUUGUGGCCUUAAAAAAAAGGUUUCGAUCCUUUACUGACGCCUAUGGGCCGUCACCAGUAUUGCUCCGUUUUAAUUGCAAGCUAGCAGCGCACUUCCCGUCAUUUAGCUCACCUUUUCCACAUAUUGAAUUGUAUAUAACGUAUUACAGGUGAAACAUGCAGUUUAAUAUAGUUUACUAAAAUAUUAUUGCGUAAUUGUGGGGACGGUUAUGUGUAAGUUGCUUCACUUUCCUCGGACGGAUCUCGACCUUAUUGGUUAAGAUCUCCACGUUGUCCCCGCCCCCUCGAGCCAAUCAGCUUGCCUGAUGUUCGGCGGCAGCCAAUCGGGUUCCGAGGGAGCUGACUUGCCCGGAUGAGAGGCCGGUCAAAGCUAGCCCGCUGCCAGUCUGAAUUGUCAUUAAACGGAAACGCACGCACACACAAACGCGCGCGUGCACUGCAGUGUUUUCAACACUUUGUCGUGUUGAAAAGGUCCCUUUUUUGUCUUUUUGAAGAAUGCUGGUACGCUUCGGGACGGAGCUUUGAGGACUUUUAUUUAAUUGCACGUGGAAGAGCAAAACGAAAGCAACACAAGUCUUGGGAGUCUACGACUGUUUUUUCUGUUUUUUUUUUUUGUGUUGUAAAUUGACGAAUUUGCCGUUCUACCGGAAGUUUGUUGUGGACGAGGGGCACAAAUGGUCUUUCUGUGGGACGCCAAAUACGACCCCUCGCUCGGCCGGCGCUACACUCCCCCUUCCACCACCCUGGCGUCCGGGGGAAAGAUGGCCGAGGCCCUGGGCGCCCAGGAGGCGGAGGGCGGGGGAGCGUCCCUGGUGGGCAAGCUGCGCAUGGCCAACCACGACAUGGUGAUGUCGGAGCACCCGGGGGAGUUGGUGAAGACGGACAGUCCCAACUUCCUGUGCUCGGUGCUGCCCACGCACUGGAGGUGCAACAAAACGCUGCCCGUUGCUUUCAAGGUGGUGGCUCUUGGCGAGGUCCCUGAAGGCACCAUGGUGACGGUGAUGGCGGGAAACGACGAGAACUACUCGGCCGAGCUCCGCAACGCCACGGCGGCCAUGAAAAACCAAGUGGCCCGAUUCAACGACCUGCGCUUCGUCGGGCGCAGCGGCCGGGGCAAGAGUUUCACCUUGACCAUCACGGUGUUCACCAAUCCCCCGCAGGUGGCCACCUACCAGAGAGCCAUCAAAAUCACCGUGGACGGCCCCAGGGAGCCCAGACGCCACCGGCAAAAGAUGGAUGAUAUCAAGCCGGGGUCGUUGGCCUUCUCCGAGAGGCUGACGGAGCUGGAGCAGCUGAGGCGGAGCUCCAUGAGAGUCACGCCCCCACACCACCAUCAUCAUCAUCAUCAUCACCAUCCCCAUCAUCAGCAUCACCACCACCAUCACCAUCAGGCCUCCAGCGGCAACACGCGCCAGUCGGCCACCUUCUCCAGCCCCGCCCACACGCAGGUGUCUGCCGAUGCUCGCCCGAUGCAGUCGUCUCCGUCAUGGUCCUACGACCAAUCGUAUCCCUACCUUGGCCAGAUAGCCACACCCAGCGUUCACUCAGCCAAUCCCCUUUCACCAACUCGCUCGGCGCUCGGUGAUCUGUCCUCGCGUUUAACUGGUCCUGACCUGACGUUCGGUGACCCGAGGAUGACCUUGGAGCGCCCUUUCACCUCUCUUCCCUCUUUGCCGGACGCACGCUUCUCCGACCCGCGCGUCCACUACCCUGCCACGGCAGCCGCCUUCACCUACACCCCCCCCCACAACCCCGUUUCCAACGGCGCUCUCGGCAUCACCAUGGCGACGGCCAUGGCGACCACGCCCGGCGGCCGGUACCACACCUACCUGCCCCCGCCGUACCCGUCCAACGCGCCGCACCAGCCGCAGAACAGGCCCUUUCAGUCCACCUCGCCGUACCACGUGUACUACUCCGCCGCCGCCGGCUCGUACCAGUUCUCCAUGAUGGCGGGGGGAGGCGGCGGAGGCGACUCGCGCUCCCCGCCGAGAAUCCUGCCGCCGUGCACCAACGCUUCCACCGGCUCGCCUCUGCUGCACCCGUCUCUGCCCAAUCAGAGCGACGGCGUGGGCGUGGAGGUGGAGUCCAGCCACAGCAGCUCCCCGGCGAACAUGGCCGCCGCCGAGGCCGUCUGGAGACCGUACUGACGGACCGGGACCGUUUCAUCGACGCACACUGGCGGUGGUUUUAUUUGAUGUCACUCUGUACAUUUUCAUCAGCAUCUUUUUGAUGUGAAGGAUAAACGAGGUACAAGUGUAAACGUUUUGUGUAGGAUCGGGGACACGGGAUUGUCAAAAAGUCCGAGAAUCAGGCACUCGUGAAAAACGACAGGCGACCUGUUAGCUUGAACUCAAGAACAGUUUGGCAAAAAUGUGCAACAGGAGCGGAGCAACGAGGCUGGCGGUAAGACGAGGAGUCUGCGGGAGAAAGUCCUCAGACCUCCAACCGGGCCGGUCCUGUUCCGGUCUUUCCACAUCCCUCCGGGUGUAACCCCGCCUACGGACGUCAGCGUCUAGGUCCCAUCGCCAGGUGUUUCUUGGACGGCCUCGUUUCCUCGCUACUUCAUCUCUGCUCCAAUUUGUUUACUAGUGGUGGUCCUGGAAGAUUCCACGCUUAUGAGCCGCAGUCCGUCUUUCCCCAUCCGGCACCAUCAUCUAUCCAGCUGGAGAACCAUCCUCCCCCCGGUCUGGGUUGAUAGUUGCUUUUCUUGUUGACGUUUUUGACAGGGUGGAGCUGCUCACCCCACGCCCAACCCACAUCCCAUUUCCGUGCUUGGGACCGGCACUGGCCAAGGUGUUUGUUUUUGAAGCCAUAAAACCGCAGGACCCCGGUACUGGGGGUGUACCGGCACUGGAAGCAAAGAAAUCUGCAGAAAAAACAUGAAAAAAGAGAACCAGUAGGGGCGAAACGCUAGAAAAUUACAGGUAGGGCGGAAAAGCAGAAUGUGACAAAAAGGCCUUUUAAAACCACCAGACCCCGGUACUGGGGGUGUGUCUCGUUGCUCCGACCCACACCAGAAGCAGAGGAAACAUUAAAAAAAAGGGAACCAGUUGGGCGGAAAUGCUAGAAAAUAAAAGGCUGGCCGGAAAAGCAGAACGUGACAAAAAUGCCUUUUAAAAACAGAGGACCCCCGGUACUGGGGGUGUGUCUCGUUGCUCCGACCCACACCGGAAGCAGAGGAGACAUUUAAAAAAGGGAACCAGUAGGGGGGAAACGCUAGAAAAUAAAAGGCGGGGCAGAAAACCAGAAUGUGACAAAAAGGCCUUUUAAAACCAGAGGACCCACCAGUAUUGGAGGUUUGUCUCGUUGCUCCAACCUGCACCACAAGUAAAAAAAUCUGCAGAGGAAGCACAAAAAAAAGGAACCAGUCGGGGGAAACAAUACAAAAUAAAAGGCAGGGCAGUAAGUAUAACAAAAACAUGACUCAACAUGAUCAUUACAUGUAAGUCUGGACUAUUUUAAAUCUUAUUUUUAGUCCAUCCUCAACCCAAAAAGGUCUGACAGCCUGUACGUGUGUGCCCCUUCCACCUAUUUGCUAUCAUUUUUUGUUUCAUAAUGUAAUGACGCCGCCUAAUAACAUGGCGUUGUUCACUUUAGGCCACACCCUUCCUUGUUACACGUGUCACCUGAGAAUGUUUAAAUACAAUAAACAGUGUUUUCAAUCGAAUUGUUUUCAUUGCUUGUUUGGUUAGCUUGAACAUUGCAGUCAAUGCUGGUGAAACAGUGACAUCUAGUGGUGUAACUUCAUGACGGCAUUAUUGAAGCACUUGGCUCGCUUCAUUUGAAGUCACAAAUGUAUGGUAUGCUAUGUAUUUUUUUAAUAAUGAAAUAUUAGAGUUCUAAGUUGGUUGGAAUGUUAUUUUCAUGAGAAAAUGGCACUAAAAGAAACACAUUUGUUUUCUGCGAUCACUGUGAC